GGCUUCUUUGCACCACCCAUCUCCUCCUUUAAUUUCUUUCUAGCUUGCUCCCAUUUCUUGGUCUUCUUCUAGGUCUAGCCGUCUAGCAGUCCAGCUACCAAGGGGCCGGGACCCGGGAUCCAUGAGUGCAAGCAACUCCGGGUCCGGGGACAGCAUAGAAUGGGGAAGGGGAAGAUCAUCUGGCUCCAGGAAGGGCAGGAGAGGCGGCAACAGCAGCUCUGACAAGCCGAGGCAGCCGCAGCGAGGGCUCGGCGUAGCCCAGCUGGAGAAGAUCAGGAUACAAAGUGAGAUGGCCGAGUACUUGCACCACCCGCUUGGCCAACCGCCUCCGAUCCAAAGAACUGGUAGCUUCAACUUGGAAGAACCGCGGUUCUCUCACUCGCUGCCGUCGUCUCCUUCCUUCCCCAUCCAUGCUAACAUCGGUGUUUCAUCUUCGUACCCAACUCAUCAUCCAAAUCUUACGAUGGCCUAUGGAGAGAGAUCAGGAGACAUAAGAUAUGGUGCAUUUCAAACUAAUCCCAUCAUCAGGCCACCCAAUUACCAUGGCGCCAUGUAUGGUUCAGAAGCACAUUAUUCCCAUCCAAACAACGUCACAUUGCCGCUCUUCGAACCUGAGGAAUCCGUUUGCUUGAAUAGACCGCCAUACGAUCUAAAUCAAACAGUGGACUCGCCAAACUUAGAUGACCAAGAGGUAGACCUUGAGCUCAAGCUAUGAUCGAAAAUAUGCUGGCACGCCCUCUACGUACCUCAGUCAAGCUAUACGCCUGAUUAUAUUAUUUGUGCCACAAGAACUAGAGUGCUUGCAGUCUUGUGUGUAAUGCAUGCAUGGGAUCAUAUAUAAGAAAAAGAAUAUGCACGUGCGCAAUUCUUUGAGUCACUGCACCGUAUGACCGAUGUGUAACUGAGUUACUGAAACAAUGGACAGCCAGCAUAGCUGGAUUUGGUGAUGCUGGCUAGCUAGUUAAUUUGUACAGUUGUGUAAACAUUGGCAGCAUAGAAUUAGUAGUAGUUUUCUCACA